CCUGGCAGAAGUUGCAAUGUAUUGAUAAGUUCCUAUCUAUCUGCUAUGGUGCCAGUGUGGUUCUAAGUGCUCUGUAUAAAGAACCGAGAGACUUGUGGUGCACACUAUGGCAGGCAGCGGAUACGAAGAAUGUCCACCGUACGACGCGACGUGGCAUAUCAUACCACCGGACUAUGUACAACUCGAGGAUGAGUAUCGCUACGCAUUGCUGGAUUCCAUGAAAAUGACCGGAAAUACUAUAGGCAACCAGAGGCAGCCCGCUGGUUUUGCGAUAAGCGAUAUUUUAGAGUUAGAUAGAAACAACAGUCAAGAAAUUGACCCAAUAUCAUCGGAAACUUCAAUUUACUCAACUCAAGAUCUUUCAUACAUCCCAAGACAUUGGCCCCAACUCCCAGAGCAUCAUGUUCUCCACCCUCAGGCGCAGAUCAGCAUUCAACCUCAUCCUGCGCAGCUAAGUCCAGACAGCACCAGCCCGGCCAUAUCAGAGCGCUCCAGCGUUGAACCCAACGGUUUACACGACAGCAGUUUACCGCCGAAUCAAAACACCUCAGCGUCGGUUUCGAACGGCCUCAGCGAAAACGAGAACGAUGAUGAUCACGAAGAUAUUAAGGAGCACGACCAACAGCCGGGCGGUCACAAGAAGCGCAAGAGGAGGGUUCUCUUCUCCAAAGCGCAGACUUACGAGUUGGAAAGGCGGUUUAGGCAGCAGCGGUACUUGUCCGCGCCCGAAAGAGAGCAUCUGGCCUCCAUCAUAAGGCUGACCCCCACCCAAGUCAAAAUUUGGUUCCAGAAUCAUAGAUACAAGACAAAGAGGGCGCAGCACGAGAAAGGCAUGCACGACCAGCAAAACAACCCCCUGCCAUCCCCAAGAAGAGUGGCCGUCCCCGUUUUAGUUAGGGACGGUAAGCCUUGCCUUAACGGUGGCCCCAAACCUGAUGGUUUGCAGGUGCCGGGACCCAUGAUGAUGGGAUCCCAUCCGGCCCCCCACCUCUUGUACGGGCAACCGAGGGUCUGGUGGUGAAUAUAAAAAAAAUCCAUCUAAGUUGUAUAUUUGUUACUGUUAUUGCGAAAUAAAUUAUUUACGUGUUAUCAGAAUAGAAAUGUGUUUCUACGCAAAUCUAAAUCAAUACGAACUUUUGGACUGAGAUAAUAUUGAUAAAGAUAAUUUUCCGUAAUUUCUGGUUAUAAAGGAGGGUUUGGCUGUAUAUGGAAGGCAAUUAGUAUGCACCUAUGACGUAUCACGUGUCAGAUCCUGAUUUGCAAUAAUUCGGAAUUUUUGGAGGUGGCGUAGAUGUGAAUGACAUCUAGAAACCUUUUUCGAUAUUGUUUUCAUUAAAUAAAAGACAAAAGACCUUCCCCCAGUGACAAAUAACAAAGGAAAUAUAUAUGACACCACGCACUGUGACAUAGUAUAAUGUCAAUUUAUUAAAUCUAGUCAAUUAUUUUUUGUUAAUUUUCUUCCUGUGCCAUUUGAGCAGCAUAUAGCAGAGUAAAACAUAAAAACGAUGGUUUGUCAUACGUGAAUGUUUUUCGAAAUAUUUUGUAAAUAGAUAGAAGUGUAUAUGUGUAAAUAGUUAAGUAGAUUGUGUAUAGAAGAAUAGAUAGGGUAAACAAACUUAUAUCGACUGUGUUAUCGCACUGUUUGUUUUCCUCCUGGUGUACAAAAAAUAAUUUAUUGAAUACAAAUAAAAGACAUUCCAUUACUAAA